AUGGGAUUCACGCCGCUUGAUUGGGUAGUGUUGACAGGAUUGAGUAUUGGAAUUGGGGAUGAUGUUCCGUAUAACCCAGUCAAGUACAAAUUUGAUUAUGUCCGUGAGCAUGUUUUUCCAGAAAUAGAAGAACCCUUAGAUUAUGAAGAUCCCCCAAUCUCUGGAAAAAAACGCCCCCCGGCACAGUGGAUUUCAGAUGCAAUCACAAUUAAAUUUUUGACUACGUAUUUCAAAGAAGAUAUCUUGGUUGCAGCUAAUUUGGAUGACAAACUUGCAGAAAAAGUGGCGAGGGCCUUUUUUAUGUAUGUUUUGGGAAAUUUUUUCUUUUCCAAUGCAAAGAACUACAUUGAUGCGGCUUGGUUAGCUGCUUUUGAGGAUCUAAAUGCAGUUGAUAUGUAUGACUGGGGUGGUCCUGCUUUUGCAAAAUUGUAUGUGGCACUCAACGCAUCUGGUAGGGGACAGAAGUCAUUAACUGGGCCGUUCCAAAUAUUAGAGUUUUGGGGAUAUGAAUAUCUGGGCAUAUGUAGACCGUGCGACCCAACUAGUGAAGAAAAAUGGCCAAGAACUUCCCGGUGGAAAGCGAAGAAAAAGACUAUCGAUAUUGUUCACUGUAGGAAUGCGCUUAAUCAGUUGACUGCAGACAUCGUGACAUGGAGACCGUGGGAAUCCGCCAUUGGUGUUCUUGACUCUGAUGUUGGUCGCAGGGCUGUGGAGCUUUCAAACAAAAGGGUUAUAUUUACUUGGAUUGGCAAGAAUAUGUGGUACCUAGGAGAACGAUCUUGGAGGCAAAAUCAUCCUACUUUUGGAAUUCCUAGAAAUCCACCAUUUAAAAUUGGCGAGGUCAGUCAUGAGAAAGCAAAACUUGUGAAAGAAGCUGGAUGGGUAGAUGCAAAUAUGUUUGUGAAAGCUGUUUCAUAUAAUAUGUAUCUGCGAUAUUGGCGACAUGUAACUAACUUCCAUCAAUUCGUGACCAAAGUCGAUUGGGUAGUUGAAUUACACGGGGUUGAUGGUGACCGUGUUAAACACCUUAUUCAACGACCUGCUCAGCAUGUACCUAUUCCACCACCACAACAAUUAUCAUACCCUGAAGCUUAUAAUCUAGUUCAAGAACAUGCCGAUUUUAAUCGUGCGUUUCGCGAGUUUGUAUUAUAUGAAACGGAAGACAGGAUGAUACGUUUAAAGGCAAAAGAUGAAGUAAUACGAGGCCUUGCAGCUCGUAACAAUUACCUGGAGGAUCAGAUGCAAUUCCGUAUGCAACAAACGCCGCGUCCCCCUAUUGGAUUCGGCAGUUUUUCUGAAACUAUCCCACCAGCGGUGUGGGCUCCAGUGAGUCAAGCAUCAACAAUGUCGUCUGUUAACCCCCAUCCGAGAAUGACGUUUAUCCCACCACGGCAAACACCAUCGCAUACUCCUACUGAUGAAUAAGUAAC